UGCUGAGAAAAAAAGAAAGAAAAAAAAUUAAAAGAUGGAAGAGAAUUUCGCUCGGUCUCGGACGACGAUGAAAAUGUUGUGUGUUUAGCGUUGAUUCCCACAAAGGCCAGCCACCAGACCAAGACCCAACUCGGGGAACGAAUCGAAAAAAAGUGUGUGUUGUGGUGAAAAAUUGACGAUUGAUUGUGCUUUUCGCGUUAGCAUUAAACGGCGGAACCCGUCGCGACUCGCAAAGUGGCCACAGUGCGCCGGAAGUGGCCCUCGGGGAGUGCCUCCCUAGACCAGCAGCAACAGCAAGGAGUGUGUGUGUGCGUGUGUGUGUCACUGUCUGAGCUGAGCUCUUCUCGGGAUACAUUUUGGUUUUCUUUCUGGUCGUUUCCGAGAUCUGUGGACGGGGGCAAGUUCCGCGGCAUCGAAUCCGUGGAUCCGGACCAGACCGAGGUCAGUGGCCAGGACGGGCCAUCUUUUUCGAGAAAGGAGCAGCAGGAAAAAAAGCAGGAGGAGUGCUGCGCAGUGAAGAAGAAGGCGAAAAUAUCUGUGUGUAGUGUUUUGGGUUUGUGACCAGGUCGGGGCAGAUCCUCUCCUGUCCGGGGAAGGUGGCCAGGCCAGACCAGCUGGAGGCAAUCAGCUGCUGAAAAUCUGCUGGUGGAAGAUAUUUAUUGUGCGAGUGCGAAAUGGUGAUUCAAGUUGGCUGCUCCAGCAGCUAGGGAAGAGGAGCACACAAGAAGAAGCAAGAACCUGCUGCCACGGAGGGGGGAGACAUCCAAGAGUUGUGAGGGGGGACCAGUGAGAACGAGUGAGUGAGUGAGUGCGUGCGUGUGUGUGCGCACACAGACACACUCACACCUUUCUUGUCCGUGUGUGCCCACAGGGGGGCGCACAGUGAUGGAAAAUUGGAGGAACCGAUCUCCAUUGUCCGGUAGUGUUGCCGCCGUCGUUCCGGAACCGGAACGCAACCAGUAGCCGCAGCAGAUCUCUCCGCACAUCGGCAGCAGGCAGUCCCCUGGACACGACGACGGCAGCAGCCCCGCGGGAUCUUGGAGCGGCCACUGCUGCUGCCUGCCUGCCCUGUUUUGCCCUUUAAUAUGUUCGCUGGCGGCCAACACGUAUCGAUUACGGAUGCGACAGAUUACGACUUCGAGAAGGCGGAAAAUGCAGCCAAAUGGAAAGGUGUUUUCGUAACAUCGCUGAGAAAGGUCCUAGAGCAGCUGCAUCCCUCGUUGCAAGCACGCGAGGAUGCGUUGCUCUACGUCGAAAGCUUGUGCUUGCGCCUGUUGGCGAUGCUGUGCGCCAAACCGCCCCCGCACACGGUUCAGGAUGUCGAAGAUCGGAUUGGUCGCACCUUUCCCACCCCGAUCGACAAGUGGGCCCUGGGCGAGGCGCGCGACAUUAUCGACAAAUCCAAAAAGAAGAAACCGGUGCUUCCGGUUGACCGUGUGCACACCCUGCUGCAAAAGGAGGUGCUGCAGUACAAGAUCGACAGUUCGGUUUCGUUGUUCCUGGUCGCGGUGCUGGAGUACAUUUCGGCGGACAUUCUGAAGCUGGCGGGCAACUAUGUGAAGAACAUUCGCCACAUCGAGAUAUCCCGCGAGGACAUCGAGGUCGCCAUGUGCGCUGACAAGGUACUCAUGGACAUGUUCUACCAAGGGGACAGCUCGAGCUCGAUGGCCCCGAGUCCGCUGCCGCCCACGCCUCGUACCAGUCUCAGCUACGAGGAGGUCGUCAAGGAGCUCAUCCACGACGAGAAGCAGUACCAGCGCGAUCUGCACAUGAUCAUCCGGGUGUUCCGCGAGGAGCUGGUCAAGAUCGUCCGAGAUCCCAAGGAACUGGACUCGAUUUUCUCCAACAUAAUGGAUAUCUACGAGGUAUCCGUGACGCUGCUCGGUUCGCUCGAAGAUGUCAUCGAAAUGUCGCAGGAGCAAACUCCUCCCUGCAUCGGUAGCUGUUUCGAAGAACUAGCGGAAGCGGCCGAAUUUGACGUGUACGCAAAGUACGCGAAAGAUAUCACAUCGGUUCAGGCGAAGGAAGCCUUAGCAAAUUUAUUGGCGAGGCCGGAGGCGAAUUCGCUCAUGUCGGCCGGUCACGGUUUCAGGGAAGCGGUUAAGUUCUAUCUACCAAAACUACUUUUAGGGCCCAUCGGGCAUGCACAGUUGUAUUUAGAUUAUAUUAAAAUUUUACUACAGCUUAGUCCUUUGAAGGAGGACAAAGAGAGCUUCGAGCAAGUGCAGGGUUUGCUGAAACCGCUGCAGUGCGAGCUGCAAAGUAUAUCGUCGUUGCUGCCCAAGGAAUAUUUUGCCAGGGUAAACAGUCGAGCCCGGAGGCAGUCGGCGAUCGAAAAGACCCGCGAUCUGCAAAACAGCGUAGAACACUGGGACAAGGACGUGGGCCAGUGCUGCAACGAGUUCAUCCGGGAGGAUACGCUGGCGAAGCUGAGCUCCGGAAAGCGCCAAACCGAACGGAAAGUGUUUCUGUUCGACGGGCUGCUGGUGCUGUGCAAAACCCGGCGGCAAAUCGUCCCCGGUAACAACUACGACUACCGAUUAAAGGAACGUUUCUUCAUGCGUAAGGUGGAAAUCAUCGAUCGGUCCGACACGGACGAGUUGAAGUACGCGUUCGAAAUCUCGCCACGGGAACCGACCAGCGUCGUGCUGAUCGCUAAAAACGCCCAGCACAAAAACGACUGGAUGGCCGAUCUGGUGAUGCUCAACACCAAAUCCAUGCUGGAGCGCAUUCUAGACAGUAUUCUACUAGACAUCGAGAAGAAACACCCACUGAAGCUACCUACUCCGGAAAUUUACGCGUUUGCCGUGCCCGAUUCGCCCUCCAACAUUGUGCUGGAGGAGCGCGAAGGCACCGGAGUCCCACUCAUCAAAGGCGCAACCCUGACCAAGCUGAUCGAGCGGCUAACCUACCACAUCUACGCCGACCCGAUGUUUGUGCGCACCUUCCUCACCACGUACCGGUCGUUCUGUUCGCCCCGGGAACUGCUGCGGCUGCUCGUGGAGCGGUUCGACAUUCCGGAUCCGACGCUGGUGUACGACAGCGCCGCCGACAAGGACAUCGGCUCCGACCUGGACAAGUUUCACAAAAACUCCCAACGGGAGGACUGGAAGCGCUACAAGAAGGAGUACGUCCAGCCGGUUCAGUUCCGGGUGCUGAACGUGCUGCGACACUGGGUCGACCACCACUUUUACGACUUCGAGCGGGAUUCGGAGCUGCUGGACGAGCUGCUGCGGUUCCUGGAGACCGUGCGGGGCAAAUCCAUGCGGAAGUGGGUAGACUCGGUGUUGAAGAUUGUGCAGAGAAAGAACGAAAGCGAGGACAACCAUCGGCAGAUAACGUUCGCGUUCGGGCACAGCCCGCCGGCGAUCGAGCACCACCUGCCGCUGAGCAGCGAGCACGAGUUCAAUCUGCUGACGCUGCACCCGCUCGAGCUGGCCCGCCAGUUGACGCUGUUGGAGUUUGAAAUGUAUAAAAAUGUGAAGCCAUCGGAACUGGUUGGUUCGGUGUGGACCGGAAAAAAUAAAGAAACUACUAGUCCUAAUUUAUUAAAAAUAAUACACCACACUACAAAUUUUACCCGCUGGAUCGAGAAGUCGAUCCUGGAGGCGGAGAACUUCGAGGAGCGUGUGGCGAUGGCAUCGCGUGCAAUAGAGGUGAUGAUGGUGCUGCAGGAUUUGAACAACUUCAACGGCGUCCUGUCGAUCGUGUCUGCGUUCCAGGGUGCGGCCGUGCACCGGCUCAAGCUGACGCUGGAGGAGAUCUCGAAGAGCUACCAGAAGGUGCUGGCCGAGUGCGGCGAGCUGAACAAUUCGCACUACCGGAAGUACCAGGAGAAGCUGCGUUCAAUAAAUCCACCCUGUGUGCCAUUUUUUGGAAUGUAUUUAACCAAUAUUUUACAUAUAGAGGAAGGGAAUCCAGAUAUUUUACCAAAUACGGAACUAAUAAACUUCUCUAAGAGAAGGCGUGUAGCUGAAAUCACCGGUGAAAUACAGCAAUAUCAAAAUCAACCCUACUGCUUAAAAAUUGAUCCUAUCAUGAGGCAUUUUCUAGAGAAUUUAGAUCCUUUUAAAGGAAUGAGCGUUACGGAGAUCUCAAACUACGUUUACGAGGAGAGUAAGCGAAUAGAGCCGAAAAAUUGUCGUCAGCCGCUCAAAUUCCCCCGCAAAUGGCCCGACAUUCCGUUAAAGUCCCCGGGCAUCAAGCCGUCGUCGCGGCGCAACAACAGCUCCGCCAACUCGUCGAUGACGCUAACCGGCACGUUACCGUUCAGCAAGACCUCGCUGCUGAACAACAACGACACCGGCGGGGAGCAGUCACCGCCGGCCAACUCAUCGUCGUCUUCCGUGCACGACUACUCGAUAUUUGCCCCCGUCAAUAUCCACUCGUCGUCGUCAACGUCCACCAGUUCAUCACAGUACUACCAGCAUCACCACCAGCAACAGCAGCAUCAUUCGUUCUACCAGCAGCAUCACAGCAUCACGCAGGGUUACAACAGCUGUAGGAAGGCCACUUCCUCCUCGGCAACAUCGCCACCGUCGCAGGGUUACAGCUUCUCGCAGUCGGUGGUCAAUCUGGCGUCGGCCUCGGACCAGCAGAUGGCGCCGGAGAUUCCCCGACGGUCCGACAGUAUUAUCCUAACCCACGCGCCGUACAAUCUGAACAACAGCAGUCUGUCCGAGUCGAGUGGAAAUCCGUGCGGCAGCGGUGGCGGAAGUGGCAAGCUCGUGCCCAGUCCACGCAAUCCCUACUCGUCGAUGAGUGCGCUGUCCUCGUCCUCGUCCGGUAUCAGCGUUUCCUCCUACUUUGGCAUUUUGAGCGCAUCGAGCAGUGAUGGUAACAGCAACAAUAAUCCUUCUACCGCUACUAGCUUUAAACUUACGCCAAUGCUUAGUCAGCCCCCCAAAGUAGUAAGCAAUACGCAGCAUGCUGAAGACACUCCCAAUUCGAUUCUUUCAGCGUCUGGUCUGGGAGCCGGCGGAGGCGGAGGCAUGGCCAGCAGCUCAGCUGCAACGAACGCCACCAGUAUAGUGUCGCUAAGCGACGGCCCAACGGCACCACUUCCCCCGCUGUCAUCGUCCGUUCCACCUUCCAACAACAACAACAACAACAACCCAACCGGGUCCGGCAACUCGUCCUCAGUUUCGUCGUCGGCCUCGGCCAGCUCGUCGUCGACCGUGGUGGUGUCCUCGACGGCGUACGGUGCCGGAACGCAGCAAUCCAAUCUACCACCGCCACCACCAACGCCCUCGUCCGCGGCGUCCGGCGUUGGUGACAUUCCACCUGCGAUAAGUCCCCGUACUGACAAGCCGGCACAUCCGCCAGCACCGCCGCCGUUGCGCAACAAUGGCGGUGGCGGAGGCGGCACCGAGUUUUGCUACAACAUGUCGUCCUCGUCGUCGUCGUUCGGACUACCCAACUGUACAUCACCGCAUGCAACUAGUAGUAGUAGUAGUAGUAGCUUUAGGAAUAAUUCAACCAACCCCUUAAAAAAUCAAAACUGUGAUUUCACCUCCGCGAGUGCCGCUCUGAACCGCUCAUCGUGCGAGAACUCGCCCAUCUACCCGUCGAGUCCGAAGAUGUACUUCUCGACGACGGCGGCGGCCGGAACUUCCUCCGGUAUGACCGACUUCAACUACAGCAGCAGUGCCAGCGCCGUGUCGCCUUCGCUGUCCACGUCGUACAACAGCGCAUCGUCGACGACGGCCGACUCGAUGAUCCUGAACGCCACCACUUCGGGGACGGGAAUGAGUGGCGGCGGCGGCUUUGGCGGCAGCAGCAGUGGCGACUUUGGUCCGAUUCCCAUCUCACCGCACGUCAACGUACCAAAUGCACACAAUAUUCCUCCUCCUAUGCCGCCUCCUCUACCUCCUAGGGUUAAACGAAAAGAGUCAUCCGGAGAAUCGUCCCAGUCUUCGCAGGUUCGACAAGCGCCGGACGCGCCCAGGCUUCCUCCGAGAGAUCUCAGUCCACCUCCGUUACCGCCACGUACCCACAUCCAGUCACACUAUCUGUUCGGUAACGUGCAACAGCAGCAACAGCUCUACAAUUCCAGCUGCGCAGUCAGCGACAGCUGGAACCAUGGGCACCAGUUUCCGAAGGACGAAUCCGCGUCGUCAUCGUCCUCCUCGUCGACGCUCACCCGCGACAACCUGAACCAGCACAACCAGCAGAACACGAGCGAGCAGCGGUUGCUCAUGUUGCCGCACACCAGCACCAUCAUGAUGCGCCGCAACUCGGCCAUGGACCGGGCCUCCAAGGAGAACGUCCCAAACAUUGCCGCGUCGCCGUCGCUCUCCGGGCUGGCCAGCACUAGCGGUACAACGGGUGGUGUAGGGGGUGGCGCAAUCGGUGGUCACGUUGGCAGUGGUUCCACCACGCCGGCUUCGACGCCGGCCAGCGGCAUCAAGGUCAAAUCCGUACAAAACUCUCCCGUGUCACAGCAGCAGCAGCAACCGUUGGUUUGUGGACGACGGCCUAGCACGAAUAUUUCGCCACGGUUUUCGCCCGGAGAAACGACACCCAAAUUACCUCCGAAGCCAAAGCAAACGAAUCUGACUUCACAUUCAGAUCGAACGAUGUUCCCAUAUCCGAGCACAAACUGACCAAGCGGAAAUGGUUGCGGGCGCCAUUUCCUACGGUAGGCGCAGCGAUUUCACCAAUCAACAAACGUCGUCCAGAGUCGUCGCCGUCGUCGUCAUCAGUGAAUGAGCUAGCUCGCUUCCGUGGGCUGGGAAUCGAGCCACCUCAUUGGAUUGUUUAUUUUUUUUUAUCGUUUUCUUUUAACGUUUGACUUUAAUAAAUUUGUUUAGUUUUUUUCUUUUAAUCAAACCGAAGGUGGAUUGAAGGGAUGUCCUAGGAGAAGAAAUAAAAAAGUGCCAUAGCUAGAUGAAAGACGAGGUAGCGGAGAAUUCCUUCAAAUUUAAACCAGGUGUCAGGGUCGGGCAAGAGUUUCCGUUUUCUCGCGUUAGAGGCCAUCACAAAAAGAAGGUAAAAAACAAAAGUGUCGUGUUCCUAUAUUUGCUUAAUGUAAAUACUGUUAGUGAAGAAAA